AGUCUAAACGCACUGGAGCCGGUCUGAUGUUGCUUACAUGUUAAGCUAAAACACGACCGCAGUGCCUCUGCCGCACCGGGUUGUCUGAUCGACACUUAAAAGGUUCUUUCUUUCUCGCUGUAAUGCUUUCAUGGAAUGUUGAUUGAUAGGGUUCUAUCUUUCGUUGAGCCACUCGGGUUGUUUUCGUUUCAAGGGAUUGGUUCGUGUCUGCAUUUCCGUUAAGUGCCGAACGAAUUCGUUUUAUUUUUAUAUGAUUGUGGAGUGAUUGCAUAUAAUCUUGGCUGAGGUUAUUAUGAUUGUCGAGUGAUUGCGUAUAAUCUUGGCCGAGGUUAUUUAUCCCUUUGACGACUCAUGAUUGCUUAAUUUGAGGGCUUAUAAUCACUAACUAUGCUUGAAAGGAAGCUUUUCAAGACGAAGCUUUGCAUACUUUAUCAGAGAGGUCAUUGUGCGCGACAGAGCUGCUCUUUCGCCCAUGGAGAUGCAGAGCUUAGGAGGUUCUCUGGUUCUUUUAAUGGUAGGCGGGAUAACCAAAGUAGUGAUUUGAGGGAUAAGCUUGACAGAAGGCAUUCGCCCCAGCGUAGAUACUCCCCAGUAAGAGAUGCAAGAGGCCGGCGUGCAUUUCGUAGCCAGAAACAAAUUUCAUAUGACAGGGGGUUUAGUACUUCAAGGUCCCCUGCAAAAAGGAGCAAGAAGAGACAAAAGAAGAAACAAUAUUUAGAUGGGCAGAGUGAUAUUUCUGGAGGUCUCAAGAUCUCGGAGGGUGCAGAAGAUAGAGUUAAAGAAGGGAAGCAUGGAUCUUCUGAUUCUAAAGAUGCUCUUGAAGAGCAGUUGAAGCAAGUACAGCUGGAUAUUGACAUGCUUGAUGACCAUAAAUGUCAACUGCAGAUCGACCUGGAUGAGAGGGUACAGGAUGCAGUUAGUCUCAGUUCUAGAAUUGAAGAGCUUGAAUUGCAAUUGUCCAAGGAGCAAGAAGAUUAUAAAAGGGUCACUUCAAAAAUCAAGAAAUUCAUAAAGGCACAUACUCGUCAUUCUCGAGCUCAAGAGGAGCUUAAGAGGUCACAAGCUCGGCUUCAAAAAUUAGGAGAGCUCCUUGGCUCUGAUGCCUCAGGACCUGCUAUCAAUGAAGAAGAUUCGAGUAUCAACAUUGUUAGUGACGGAGAGCCUAAUGAUAAAAACAGAAUGAGCCCAAAGAAUGAUCUUGAGAAUCAAACUUCACCAACUAAGAAAAGGCGGCGUUUCAAUCUUGAAACCAGUGAAGAAGAAAAACCAGCAACUGCAAGGAAAAGAGAAGGAAUUCUGUCUGGGAAAACCAGAUUAGAAAAGUUCACUCGGUGGGAUGGACCCUCAGUUCAAUCAGAGAACAUUAAGGAGGCUGAGGUGGUGAAUCGAAUCCUGACUGGAAAGAAUGGUUAUAUUAGGCCCCUGGAAAAUGUGAGCAAGCACAAGCGAGGAAAGAUUGGUUCUCUUAGUAGUGCUUCUAUAGACAAGGUGAAAGGUUCAGAGUUGCCUUCAACCAGCAUGGCUGCACAUGCAGUUGAUGAACUCGUGGAGAUAACUGAAAUGGAGAAGUUUGAGGUGUUGGAGUCUGCAUCUAAUCCUUUCGACAAAGGGACUAUAGAUGAGCAGACAGGCUUGUCACACUUGCCACCCCCACCUCCAGUGGUCCCUCAAAAUGCUUACAAGCAGUAUGAAGGUGAUGAUGAGACUGUUGAUGUGGAAGCAUUGGAUGUGGAGGCAGGGGAUGUGGAUGCCAAUAGUGAGGUGGAUAUUGAGCAGCUAUAAUGCAUUUUUGUGUUCGUUUUUGGUCUGUCAAUGUGGUCGGGUAAACUGAAGGUGAUCGUGGUUCCGAAGCCAUAUUUAAUAUUUACUCGUUUUGUCUAUAGUGUUUGUGGUUUUGUGGAAUUCUCUCUUGGUAUAGAUGAUCAGUUUAUGGUCUGAGAGAAUCAAAAUCAGAGAUUAAUUAGGGCCAAGUUAGAUUUUAUGUAAAGUUUCGGGUGAAUGCAGAAAUGUGCCUUGCAUCUAUGAUGAUGUUUCGUUUGUGAUUAGACUUGCGAUUAUACAUACUGUUCCAUAGGCUCAGUUUACCAUAUGAAAUCAUGAAAGUUGUCGAGGGAUCA